AAGAGAUAUGAGCGUGGAGCCUUGGAAUCUCUACUACCUCUGGAAAACGAUCACAGGGGAAAACGCUGUGGCAACUGGAUGCCACUUCGUGGAGAGCAUUCUUAAGGCGAGUUUUUAGUAUGUCUUAUGCACGCUGACAUGUGAUUGCUGGCGACGUUUGUUGUCUGUGUGUUGUAUUUGUGGUCUUCCUAGGUCAACUUUCUGGAAAAUAAAAGAGGUUGUCGAAUGGCAAGCGGAUCUUAUUCAAAAACUCUCUAACCUCACAACCGGACGCGGAUGCGGAACAAAUUCAGGGUCGCGCGUCCGCGUCCCUGUUUCCGGUCCAAUAAAGUUUGAAGUCUACCUUUACGUAUAUGAGCGUGACCGGGGGAAGAUAGCAAACGCCGAGCCCCUCCUUUCUCUCAAGGAAGAUGCAAAGCAGGUAGGACCCACGAUACUACGUCGGCUUUUGUUGAUGUUCUUGGUGUUUUCUUUUAUCUAUUAGCACUCUUUGUACCAGUAUGCGCAUUCACACGUCCAAGGGCGGGCUUUCGUUGUUUUACCUCGUAGGCAAAGCGCACGCAGAGCCAUUUUUUGGGUACAAGAAGAAGAAGAAGAACAUGAUCGUCAAUCAAUCUUCAAUGGCCACAACGUGAUGUUAUAAUCAAUCUUUGAAACCACGGUGACAGCACAUCAAUGUCAGCACAAGAGUGUCACAAUGAACACGAUGCCCGGUCAAAAUCUCAACCAGGUUGGCGCCGUAGUGAAUGUGUUUUGGACCGACAUUGGGCGCGAUGUCGAUGAAGACGUCGUGAGCAGAGCCAAUGAGAUGGCAAAGAAGUGCGAGUCUAUUAAGGCUUCCCCUAGCCCUAAUCCAUCUGCUUCUGCGGAAGCAUCGAUCCCCAAGACGCGCCUCAAGGGACGAAGGCGUCUACAAUUUGCAUCUUGGGAUGGAUUAGGGUGCGCUCUAAGUCUACUGGUGGCGACUGCGAAGUGCAUCUCGUGAGCAACGAUCAAUUUCGUGAGCGCAAAGUUGCGCCAAUUAUUUUUCUUAAGGCGCGAUGAGUUUAGAGGACGGAGACAUCUAGAAAUAUUUCCCCGAAUGAUGAUAGUUAGUUACCCUAGAGGGAGUUUAGAGGACGGAUGCAUUUCCCCUUGAAUCUUGAAGAUGUGAGCGCUUUUUAGUCGACUUUUUAAGUACGACUCCAAGUCGUGAAAAUGUAGUGUAGUUGUUUGCUCCUGAAUUACAAUACUCCUUGAAGAGGACCUUGGAGACAGACGCUUUCAAGGGAAAAGUGUAAACUCCUCAGCAAGAUGGAUGCUCUUGUUUAUAAGAAUCUUAGAUGCUUGAUGGUGAGUUCUACUUCUAACUUUUGACGAGGCUGGGAAUUAAUCGGGGGAACCUCCGCUAACGACGCAGCAGGCGAGAUGAGUAGAUAUCGACUAUGGCUUAAAAUCGACCGGCGCAGGCAGAACCGCAUACCACUAGCCCUAGUCGAGGAUGAGAUGAAGCAAAAGCUUGUAGACGAGAGGAACAAAUGCUGGCCAACUGGAACUGCUGCUUGUGUACAUGAUGUUGAUGCGCAGCCGCAGGCCGCGCGGCCCAAUACAACUAGUUCCACAUUUGGUUGCGUUGAACCAGCAGCCCCUGCGUCGUCUCCGUUCGCCAUAGCCGCGCUAUCCGUUGACGAAAAGAGAAAGCAACUUUUUUCGCGUCAUG